CAGUCCCUCUCCCCCCUCUUCAGUCCCCCCCCUCGGAAGUAGACGUCUCUGUCUAUAUUCCGUUAUUUUUAUAUCCUUUUUUACGAUAACCCCCUUUUCUCCCACCAAGCAGUAGCAUGGGCGCCAGGAUGGAGGACUGAAGAGCGGAGCGGCUCCCCGGUUUACCCCCUUUAUUUUCUGCGUGAGUCGAGAGGAGCGGAUGAAACCCAACUGUGGCUUUCUCCGCUUGGCAGGGGAGGUAGCUGUAUCCAGUGAGGAGGGAGGCUCAACCAGGGAAGUACAACAUGAAGUUCUCAGAACCCUGGGGAGGCCAGAGGCUGUCUUUUCUUCUGGAAAAGGCCGUCUCUAGAGAAACCAAGAUGUGGAAGGUCUACGUGCCAAAGAAGCCCUCCUCACAGGAUACAGACGUCUCCCCGGCUCAGAGAGAUGAGGCCGUGCGCUGGUUGACAGAGAUUCAUAGCAAACUGCAGCUUUACCCAGAGACUCUGGUGUUAGCUGUUAGCAUCCUGGACCGCUUCCUCACUCCCAUCAAGGCUCGUCCAAAAUACCUACGCUGCAUCGCCAUCGCCUGCUUCUUCCUGGGUGCAAAAACGUGUGAGGAAGAUGAGUGUGUGCCCUCUCUGAAGGAGCUGGUCCACUCCAGCAGUUGUGGUUGUUCUCCGUCAGAGAUUUUAAGGAUGGAGCGGAUCAUCCUGGACAAGCUGAACUGGGACCUGCACACGGCCACAGCCUUGGACUUCCUGCACAUUUUCCAUGCGAUGGUGGUGUUGUGUCGCUCUGGGUCUGUGGACGCUGUGUUGGGACUGAACCGGUCUCAGCACCUGGCUCUGCUUACAAAGAGACUUUACCACUGUCUGUCUGACCACAGCCUUUUACAGCUCAGAGGAUCCAUGCUGGCCUUGACCCUCAUCACCCUGGAGCUUGAGACCUGCUGUCCCGAUUGGCUGCUCCUGACCAUGGACCUGCUGAGGAGGGCACAGAUUAACAGCUCUGAGUUGAUCCGGAGUCGAGAGUUUGUGGCUCGUCGUCUGUCCAGUCUGAGAGUUUCUCUGCCUCCAAACACUGUCUACAUCUACCGUCCUCUGCAGGAGCCGCUCGCUGCUGCCUCACUUGGGACCAUCAUCACCUCCACCAGCUCCACUUCCUCCUCCUCUGCUCCACCACAAACACCUACAGGAGCAGCGGAGGAGGAGAAGGAGGCGGGACUUCCACCACAGAGCUCCUCCUCUUCCUCCUCGUCCACAGACAGCAGCCUCCCAGCACUGCUCUCUCCACAUAACGACGUCCACCAUCGUAACCGGUUGAAGGUCGUGCUGCGCUGCAAGGCCUCGGCCAAACGCAAGGUGGAGGACAUGGAAGUGGACGACUUCUACGACGGCAUCAAGCGCCUCUACAACGAAGACGUCACCGCCUCUCUCACUGUCCAGGAGGGGGCGACUCCAGUAACAUGUGUACUGUUGUCACGACAGGAAGGAAGCUCCUCCCCCUGCCCACCUCUGCAGGAAGUCGGUGCCUCCUAACAACCAAACAGGAAGCCGUUAGCAAAAAAAAACCAUCUCAACCGCCGCCGUCGUCCAUUUCUCUGUUGCGUAAGAAAUCGUUCAGUUUAUACUGCGUUUUAUUUACAUCGGAACUCGGGGGUUAUUUUCGCGUUCAAACAGCGUGACGUCACGUACGACUGAUUUACUGUAAAUUAUAUGCGAGCGCUGUGUACGAUACAAGACGCUGCCACAUUAAGAUUGUCGAGGUUGCUCCGAGUUCCGAGUACAAAUGGAACGCGACAUUAGCAGUGACGAACUCCUCUGACAAAGUCGGAGAAAAAGAAUAGUGUCCGAACUUAAAUUUAUCAUUUUAAAAAAGCAAUACAGAGGCAGCUAUUGAGAAAAUGACGACAACAGCGGCAUUUGAGAUGUUUUUUAGUUUCUGCACUGUAAACACGAUCACGUGACCUGACGUUGUCUCCUGCAGCAGGAAAACAGAGCCCCAAAAAAACACAAAAACCUGCUGCUGCUACGACUCUGAAUAAUAAUAAUAAUGAUAAUAAUGAUAAUUAUCACAAAAAAGGUCUAAAAAAAUAUAUAAAAUAUUGAGUAGAAAAAUUUGCCUUCCAAAAAAAACCUAAACUAACGUAGAACAACGUGACCGCGGUGUGUGCGUGUGUGUUUGUCAUCUUAUAUUUGUUGUUUUUUAACAUAUUUAUGUUUUUAAUCACUGCUGCACGUUUUUCUGUACAAUCUAAAUCAAACGUAUGAAUGUUACCACGACGACGAUCUGUAGUUUCUUUGCCCUGAUAGAAAAAAAAUGCGUUUAUUCUAAAUAAAAGUGCACUUUUGAUUGUUGUUUAGUUUGUAGACGCUUGUGAUCUUAAAGCUGGGACAGACGACUUUUACUUUAAAUUUUUGUCGUGUAAAUGUGUUAACGUGGAAUUGUUUUUUUUUUUUACGUUGUUUGAUUCAUUUGUGUUUAGUUUGUUUUAUGCAAGUUUUUUUUGCUUAAAGCUAAUAAUUAACAACAGUGCGACCAAAACAGCUUAAUUCCAGUGAUUUUAAAUGUAUUUUUUCGUCGUUAUGCGGAAUUUUUGUGUUUGGGCAAUUUGGCUUUUAACACGAUUUACACUGCGAAAGAUUUGUGUUUAGUUUUUCUGGCAGUUUUCUGUUAACGGUGAGUAUAUUUUAAGUAGAAAAAAAUGUGUAAUAUGAUAGAACCAUUAAAGAAAAUUGCUAUUUAGGAAACUAUUGCAUUUUUAACGCAGUGGUUCUAUCGCGACACAACUAAACUCUCUUUUUACGAGGAAUGAACAACGUCGAUAAAAUAUGUUAAUGUGAUAUUUUUAAACCAAGCUCCUGUUUACAGUGUAAAUAAUUUGAAGUAACGUUAAAAUAUGAACACUGUUAAAAACCAGGAUGAGAGCUGUUUGUAACAUUUAGGGAUUUUUCUAAUUGCUAAAAACAGCAGACAUAUGAAAAUUGCGAUGAAUUGUUCAGCUCUGGUCUUACGUAGAAGUCGUCUGUCGCCUCUUUAACAAAACACGUGACUAAUAGAGUUACUGUUACAGCCUCUCAGUGGGCAGGGUUCACCUUUGUUGUUGGCUCCGCCCACUCGGCACCUCUCCUAUGAAUCCACAGAGACUCGUCUUACAGAGUCUUGUGUUGCCAUGACGACAGUCAAACCCAGAACCCGUCCUCCUGUGAAGAACCGGGUUAAAAAUGUUGUGGACUUCUAAAAACUUUGAUUUUAAAUAUUAAUCAAAGAGACAGAAAUGUGUGGGUUUUUAUGUUUGUUUGUUUUUGAGUUGUCAGCACAAAAACUCUGAUGUUUAAAACAACAAAAAAAAGAUAAAAAGGACUCUGUAUUUCUCUAAGUUCUGUUUUAAUAAGAUAUUUUUAUUCCUGUCACAAAAAGCUCUGUUGUUCCUGCUGCGGCGGCUGCUGGUUAAUGAACGGCUGCAGGUCCCUGAACGCACCACGAUCAAUAAAUAAAUGAAUAAAGAGAAAACCAGUGAAAACUGA